AUGACCAAGAACGGCGAAAAGCUGAAGGUUGGAGUUAUCGGACCGGCUGGUUUCGGUGGCUCCUACUUGGUUGUCGAACUCAUCAACCGCGGGCAUCGUGUUGUAGGACUGUCUCGCAACCCGCAGAAACUGGGUACUCAUGAGCUCUACGAGCCGCGGCCUAUCAAUCUUGAAACCUCCACUGAAGGAGAAUUGGCUACGGCCAUCAGUGAUCUUGAGGUUGUGGUGUGCGAAUACGGGCCUCAUACAGCAGGUCACGAGGCCUUGCAGUACAAGUAUAUCGUGACGCUCGUCUUCUUGUCAAAGAGGGCAGAGGAAGCACCGAGGAGAAAGAGGCAGCGCAUGGAACGAUAA